AUGUCAAGGCGUUCAUAUUAUAUUCCACCAGAUGAUUUUAGCAAAGAGUUUGGACCGGAUUCAUCUGCAGAUUUAAAUGUUUCUGAAUCUCAUGAACUAAAAAAUCUACAACAUAUUAUUUCCACGUAUGAGCACAUUUAUACCACACUUUCAGCAAAAAAACGACAAUCUGCUGCGCUUCAAGUCGCUAGUGCCUACGACAAAGCCUACAUAACCAGUAACGACAAGUCACUCAACCUCGACUGGAAAGAAUACAAAUGUUUGUUACAGAUCGUUCCAUUGGCUCGCUCACCUCGACUCAAUCAUCAUAAUCUAACUCGAGUUCUUGUGCAGGAUCUAAUUCACUCGAAUGUCGUGUUUACACUCGAUAGAUUCAAUUUUUCACUCAGAGCAUUGCACGAUCAUCCUUCAGGCGUCUUUUUAUACAAACUAUUGAUUAAACGGUUGCACGUAGAUGAUGCGAAUGGCAUAUGGAAAGAUGAUAUUUACUGGCAUCUGCUAAAAAUCCAUGUUUUUUGCGAUGGUCCGUCGUUUGCUGAGGAUUGGAUUCGCCAACUUAUGAGUAUCUCGGAUCAAAAUACAUUAGAAAAGCUUGACAGUUCGAUUAUACCAAAGAAACCGCUGAAAUGGAACAAAAGCCUAUAUCAUUGCUUGGCAUUGGGAUAUGCAAGGCAAGGAGAUGUUGAACGAGCAUCAGUGCUGAUUUCUGACAUGGCACAAGGCGGUUACCCUUACAUUUCAUGUGUUGAACAUAGUAUCAGAGCAUUGUGUCGCAUUGAAAAGGUUGACGAAGCAUUUACCUUGUAUCAGCAAUACAGGUACUCGGAUCAUCAACCGUCUAUAAAACUAUUUGAAAACAUGAUUUGGGGUAUUCUUGUUGUUCAAUUUCGUGCUGCAUUCCAUGGCAAGCGAUACUCGCGUAUUGAUAUUCCAUUAGAUGAGCGUCAUUUGGUUCCCAAGUUUGAUCCCAAUACCACCAUUGAUAUUGCUAAUAGGAUUAUGGUGGAUCUUAGCAAAGCCGGAUACAUACCUUCUGUAUUGACAGUUGGACUUUACUUGACCCAUUUCAUGAUUUAUGGCAAGUAUAAUCAGGUCAUUGAUCUGUAUGAUGCCAUGACACGACAAGAUAUGAAGUGGGAUAUCAUUUCAUUGACGGUAAUGCUCAAAGUAUUCUUUUCUUGCAAGAACACGGAUCGAGCAACUGAAAUUAUUUCUCUAUACGACCAGUGUGGAUUUGACCGAGAUGUUGUGUUUUAUGGAACACUGAUGGAUGGAUACCAUAUCAUUGGCGACACAAACAAGUCUCUUGAAUAUUACCGAGAGUUUCUCGGUACAUCAUGUACUCCCAAUCAGAACAUUUACCACAUUGCUCUAUCUAUCUAUGGAACUCGAUUGGACAUGCAGUCUGCAGAGCGAAUAUGGUCAGAAAUGGAGCAACAUGCAAUACCUUACACUGAGAUGUCCUAUUCAAUCAUGAUACAUGGAUACGGUCUCUGUGGUGAUCUUUACCAAGCCAAUGCAGUGUUUAAUAGCAUGAUGUCUGCCAAUGUUGUCAUGACGGAAGCCUCAUACAAUACUCUUAUGAAUGCACACAUUAAUAAUCGUGAAUACAACGAGGCAGAAAAGAUUUAUGAGCGCAUGAUUAAUUCUGACAUUCAGCCGGACAUAUACUCUUUCAACAUUCUACUUAAAUCGCAUCUCAUACAACUCAAAGUAGCUCACACCAAUGUUGUUUUGCGCGAUAUGCAAAAAUCGGGUGUUGAUCCGACCAGUCAUACCUAUAUCACGUUGAUCCAAUUGUAUACCAGUACGGGACAUAUGGACGAGGCUUUACGGGUGCAUCAAGUAUUAAAAGACCUGCCCAUCUACAACGAACAAGGAUCUGAUGUACCAUUGAUUGCACGGUCCGCAUUUCUUAAUCAAUACUCGUUGAUCAAUAACUGGGAAGCAUUUGAAGGACAAAUUGAACUUGUCAAAAAAGAAGGGAUUGCUUUUACGUCACUUUUACAUGAAUCGAUUGUCAUGGGAUACUAUCGACGAGGAGGACUGGAUGAUGCUCUGGUGUGGUAUCGUGAGGCACUAGACAGUGGAUGCGAGUUAAAGACACGAUUUUUUAACAGAGUUAUACAUUUCUGUAUUGAUUCUGGACACGCAACGAAUGCAAUUCAAGUCGCUAAUGAUAUGCUGCAAAGAGGAGUGAAACCGGAUAUUUUUACAUAUACUUGGUUACUGAGAGCAGGGAUUGUUUUGUCUGACACAGGGAUUGCAAGUAUACCCGCUGCAAGCAAAUCUGUCAAGCCACUUGAUGAUCAAAAAGAUGAAUCUUUUUUUGAUUCAUCGAAUGCGUCGAAAGAUGGUUUAACAGUGUCCAAACCAAUUGAUUUUGACGCAUUCGAUUUUGAUUUUGAAGAUGAUUCUAAAGGGCUUCCUAAUGCUUGA